UAUCAAUCACUUUUGUUAUAAUUCUAUCAUCGAAGAUGACUAAAAACACAGCUCUUACAAUUUUUAUGGUUGUUUUGGUUAUUGAAAUGGUGAUGGAGGAGACGCAAGGAGAUACAUGUCAUGAAUAUCUUUACCCAGAAAAGUGUGAAAAUAAUCAGUGUAACUCGGAGUGUGCUACCAAGUUUAAAGAAGUAGGAGUUUUUGGAUUUUGUGUACCACCUCGAUCCGAGCCAACAGAGCAGUUCUGCAUCUGCAGUUACAAUUGUUAA